AUGAAAAAUGGAAUAGAUAUAUUAUCUUAUCCACGAUUUUUGUCGGUUAGUGAGCUCUUUGUUCUGCUCUCGUGUAACUUGGGCGAAAACCCAAAGUUGCAGACUUUUAAUCAAAUGCUAACUUCUCUCCUCCUCUCGGCGCGAGCUUAUCCAUCUCUGAUCAUAAAUUCCUCCUUAAACCCUAAUCAAAACCCUUCAAAUGCCGCCAAAAGUCCCCAAUUUGAUCAAUUUAGGGAAAAACGAGGACUCUCUGAUGCUGCGAUGAAGGUUCCUACUGCUCCAUGGAUGAAAGGUCCUCUCUUGCUUCGACCCGAUGAAAUUGUCGACACUGAGAAGAGGAACAAGCCACGGAAAGUUGAAGAGAAGACGUUUAAGGCGUUGAACCGUAGAGAGAGUGGUGUCAGGGGGAAGAAAGCGAUGAAGAAAAUCGUGCGUAAUGUUGAAAAGCUUGAUGAAGGCAGUGAUUCGGAAGAAACCCAUAUGGAUGAUUUGAGCGAAUUCGAGUAUUUAGGUCGAAUUUCGGAGAAAAUUGAGUCCAAGGAUAGAUUUGGCGGGAAAAUGCCAUGGGAUAGAGAAGAAGAGAGGUUUAUAAUGCGGAGGAUGAAGAAGGAGAGAGUUCCGACUACGGCUGAGCUUAUCCUCGACGAAGGAUUGUUGAAUAGAUUGAGACGUGAAGCUUCGAAGAUGAGAAAAUGGGUGAAUGUGAGAAAAGCAGGUGUUACUGAGACAGUUGUGAAUGAGAUUAGAUUGAUCUGGAAGUUGAAGGAGCUUGCUAUGGUCAGAUUUGAUGUUCCUCUUUGUCGAAACAUGGAGCGAGCUCAAGAGAUCAUAGAGAUGAAGACUGGAGGCUUGGUUGUGUUAAGCAAGAAGGAAUUUCUCGUUGUUUAUCGAGGAGGACCGAGUUAUUCAUCAGAGGAAACCCGUUCUGGACAAGAUGAGAUUAGCUCAUCAUUGUACGAGAGAGAAGCUGAUAGGUUAUUGGAUGGUUUGGGACCUCGAUAUCUGGAUUGGUGGAUGAGAAGACCGUUUCCAGUUGAUGCUGACUUGCUUCCUCAAGUGGUUAAUGGAUAUAGGACUCCAUCUAGACGUUGUCCACCAAACACUAGAGCUAAGUUAAGCGAUGAAGAGCUUACCUACUUGAGAAACAUUGCUCAAGCUUUACCUUUUCAUUUUGUCCUUGGGAGGAACCAUGGGCUUCAAGGUUUAGCUUCCGCUAUUGUGAAGCUAUGGGAGAAAUGUAUUAUUGCAAAGAUUGCAAUCAAAUGGGGAGCUCUCAAUACAAACAAUGAGGAAAUGGCAGAUGAACUAAAGCAUCUUACUGGAGGAGUUCUGAUACUACGCAACAAAUACUUGAUAAUACUUUACAGAGGCAAGGACUUCCUUUCUGAUGAAGUCACAGAUUUGGUUGAUGACAGAGAGAGAUUACUCAGAGGAUACCAACAUUUUGAAGAAACUAAGCGCGAGGGCGAUAUAGAAAUCUUGGAGGUGGUAACAGAUGGUAAACAGUUGAAGGAAACAAGCAAAAGUGGAACUUUAUUGGAGUUUCAAGAACUUCAAAGAAAAUUCGGAGAAAUGGAGACGAGAAACCUAGAGACUGAAGCUGAGAAAGCAAGACUAGAGAAGGAGCUCAAAAGCCAAGAACACAAGCUUUCCAUUCUAAAAUCAAAGAUAGAGAAAUCAACAAUGGAGUUGUUUAAAUUGAAUUCUUUGUGGAAACCAUCGGAGCGAGAUGAUGACAUCGAGAUAUUUACUAAUGAAGAAAGAGAAUGCUUGAGAAGAAUAGGGCUGAAGAUGAGUAGCAGCUUAGUUCUUGGUAGAAGAGGAGUCUUUGUUGGUAUAAUGGAAGGUCUACAUCAGCAUUGGAAGCACAGGGAGGUAGCAAAAGUGAUCACGAUGCAGAAGAUUUUCUCCAGAGUUGUCUACACAGCGAAAUCACUUGAAGCAGAGAGCAAUGGAGUACUAAUCUCAAUCGAAAAACUUAAAGAAGGACACGCAAUACUCAUAUACCGUGGCAAGAAUUACAAACGUCCUUCAUCAAAACUGAUGGCACAGAAUCUUUUGACAAAAAGAAAAGCGUUACAAAGAUCUGUUGCGAUGCAGCGACUCGGUUCACUGAAGUUCUUUGCUUACCAGAGAGAGAGAGUAAUAGAAGAUUUGAAGCUGAGUUUGGUAGAUCUUCAAGACUCUGCUUUCUGAGCUAGGUUGAUGCAAAAUGAUUUGCAAGGAAGAGCUGAAAAAGUUUACCUACCAAGGCAAAUUUAUUUACUUGACUGAAUCACAUAUUCUUUUUCUUUUACUGUGGUAUAUUUUUAUAAUUUACUCAAAACAUUUUUUAA